CCGAAACCGAGGGCCUGGCGGUCUCAGGGACCACCCGACGACGGGGCUCUGUCCCGGGAGCAUCUGGAACAUGCGCCGGGAGCUGCAGUUUAUUUGACAGUUGCCAGACUAUGUUUACGCUUCUGGUUCUACUCAGCCAACUGCCCAUAGCUACCUUCGCGUUUCCUCCUUACACAAGAAGUCCGGGGGAGUCCAGGCAUGCGGGAGAAGUCUUUGAAUCAAAAGAAGAAGCAAACCUUUUCAUACAUAGACACCUCCUGUAUAAUAGAUUUGAUUUGGAGCUCUUCACUCCCGGUGACCUAGAAAGAGAAUGCAGAGAAGAACUUUGUAAUUAUGAGGAAGCCAGAGAGAUUUUUGUGGAUGAAGAUAAAACGAUGACAUUUUGGCAGGAAUAUUCCAUUAAAGGACCAACCACAAAAUCAGAAGGUAACAGAGAGAAAAUUGAUGUUAUGGGCAUUCUGACUGGAUUAAUUGCUGCUGGAGUAUUCCUGGUCAUUUUUGGAUUACUUGGUUACUACCUUUGUAUCACUAAGUGUAACAGGCAACCACAUCUAAGUUCUUCAGCUGCCUACGUAAGAAGGAACCGACACACUCCUUCAAUCAUUUUCAGAAGACCUGAAGAAGUUUUCUUGUCCCCAUCGCCUCCUUUAGUGGACGACACAGGACUCCCUUCUUAUGAACAGGCAGUGGCACUGACCAGAAAACACAACGCUUCGCCUCCACCCCCAUAUCCCGGGCCAACGAAAGGGUUUAGGGUAUUUAAAAAGUCUAUGUCACUCCCAUCUCAUUAAGCCCACCUUGCUGUCUUGGUGGGAUAGAGAAACUCAUGUGAUUUGAAUACUUUGUUUUCCUGGGACCAAAAAAAAAGGACAGGUCAAUUCAUCCCUUUAUGACAAUCUGCAAGGAGGAAAGGAGGAAUAAGCAUGUGGACUGUACCACGGAAGUUCUCUUGGGAUCUUGGACCUGAAUUUUAUCAUAAUCAUUUUCUUGAAGUGAAGAGAGGAGCACUUUUUAAUUUAUUUUAAUGAUUAAAAUACUCUGUUGCAUGGAUGGCAUAGCUAAAAGUGGUGAACUAUCUGUAGCCUUUGUUCAGGUAAAGGUUGUGGAUUUCCUGUGGUGAUAUUAAAGUUAGAAUUUCUAACCAUGAGGAUAUCCCAAGUUAUAAUAUUAGACCCUCUUUUUAUUAGGAUUUCUAUUUAGUUGGAAGCACUUCAUAGAAUUUCGUAUUUCAGUAUAAAUUGGAAGAUUUGAUACAAUCAGUUCAUUUUAUAUUUUAAAUUAUUGCAUAACAUUUACCAUAUUUUACAGGUUUUAAUUGUUAAUUCUUGUCAUCAGUCAUUUUUUAUUAUGGAAGUGAGGUCAGUAGUUUUCUUUUUUAGGAAAAUACUACUUGUUAUAGAGUUAAUUCUUCAGAGGGUGCAGGGUUGUAUUGGCAAGAAUUAUUAUACCAACAAAGAAGUAAAUUAUUAUACUAACAAAUGGGUCUCAAACUUAGAAAUGACUAAAACUUGACAGUUACCCAUGUUAUUGACUAGUAAUGUUCAUUGCUACAUUAUGUACAUAUAACUGUAUGUAGUUAUUUAUCUUGAAAAUCUAUUGAGCUUUAUAAAUAAUAGCUUGAAAACCUAGAAAAGUCUUUUACUUUUCUGCUAUAAAAGUAACAUUGAUUAAAGUUACCAGCAAUCUCUGUAUCUCCCAAUGUCUGAACACAAAAGAAAAACACCAUAGGUAAUCUUUUUAAACUGCAAUUUGUUUCUUCUUCUAACCCUAUGUAUCACCACUCUCUCCUUAAGAAAGUCAUAAACUUCUGCUAUAAACCUUUGAAUGAAUGUAUGUGUACACAAAUGUUUAUAAAUGGGUAUGUACGUUUAUGUGAAUUUGUUUCCUCAUUGUAAGAACUCAAGAAAUAACACACUCCUGAGUUAUAGAAAAUUCUGUUGUGUUUUUGUCAGGUAUUGCAUUUUCCUAUUAUUUAAGACCACUUAUAAAAUGUUUUGUUUUAUAAUUUUUACAGAAGUUAGAUGAAAACCCACAUGUAUUUGGUAAUUGCUUCCAAAUUAAAUGUUUAGAAAGCAC